AUGUCGGCCAGUUUUCUACAUAUUGGAGAUAUUGUCUCUCUGUAUGCUGAAGGCAGUGUUAAUGGAUUUAUUUCCACUUUGGGGUUGGUGGAUGACCGUUGUGUCGUACAGCCAGAUGCAGGAGAUCUCAAUAAUCCACCCAAAAAAUUCAGAGGAAUGAAUAAACAAUAUAAUAAAGGAAUGAAUAAACAAUAUAAUAAAGGAAUGAAUAAACAAUAUAAUAAAGGAAUGAAUAAACAAUAUAAUAAAGGAAUGAAUAAACAAUAUAAUAAAGGAAUGAAUAAACAAUAUAAUAAAGGAAUGAAUGAACAAUCUAAUAAAGGAAUGAAUAAACAAUAUAAUAAAGGAAUGAAUAAACAAUAUAAUAAAGGAAUGAAUAAACAAUAUAAUAAAGGAAUGAAUGAACAAUCUAAUAAAGGAAUGAAUAAACAAUAUAAUAAAGGAAUGAAUGAACAAUAUAAUAAAGGAAUGAAUGAAUGA